UGGAGCAGGUACCUGAGUAUAGCUGGGCGUGAGGGAUACUUGCUUGGUUGUAUAGACCGCUUGGUCAGGGGUCUCAGACUGGUGCUAGGGGGAUGGCUGGUUGUCUCACACUUCUACGGUGUUGGAUCUACGAGUACUUUUCGAGUCUCAAGCCAUCACACUUCGGGCUAG